AAACUGCAUACGACGGCGUUAAGCAGCUCGUGUGACUAAUGCUCGUCAUAUGACUAGGCCACAAAUGGAGUCAUUUAUAAGGAAUUGAACGGGUUCAGGAAUUAAUCAGAAAACGAGAAUUUUCUAGUGAAAUUGCAGGCCGAAUAUGCCACCUACGCUGUUUCACAAGCUUUUCAAUAAAAGAAAUGGUUUUACGCCGCCGCCGAAGUGCGACAAGGACGAAUCUGCGUUCAGCACCUGGCCAUCCCCAGAGUUGGAGCCCAGCCAGAUCCGCCUUAUCGUCUACCAAGACUGCGAAAGACGAGGACGGAAUAUCCUCUUUGACUCUGAUGCUAAGAAGAGAGGCACGGAGGAAGGCGCAAUGAAGACAUGUGGUGAGUCUCAAGACAAAAUUUUCAGAAAAUGUUGUCCAUUGAGGCCAGCUGGGGGCAGCUCCAGCUCUCUGGACAGCAGUUCUUCCUGUGCCUCGGAGCCCAUGGAGCACAAUCGUUUCCAGGGUACUUCACACUGCUCUUCAGACCCCAAUAUGUUGGGCGAAAUGAUGUUUGGGUCAGUGGCAAUGAGCUACAAAGGGUCUACACUGAAAAUCCAUCAGAUUCGAUCUCCCCCACAGCUGAUGCUUAGCAAAGUGUUUACAGCACGGACAGGUGGCAGUGUGUAUGGUAGCCUAAACACGCUGCAAGAUAGUUUGGAGUUCAUCAAUCAAGACUCAAGAGCUCUCAGGCCAGAUCAGCAUACUGUGGUCAAUGGCUUCCUGGGGAAUAUAGGAUUUUCUCAGCUAUGCAGCCCUCGUCGGGCCUUCUCUGAGCAGGGCCCUCUCCGUCUGAUCAAGAGCGCCUCUUUCUUUUCAGGUCACAGUAACCCUAUGGACAUGCCUACCCGAGGACCAUACGAUGAGAGAGAGAGCGGUAUUGCAAGAUCAGCAUCUCUGAGUAGUCUGCUGAUCACACCAUUCUCGUCACCCGGCUCUUCUCUCACCAGUAGCUGUGCCGGUAGCUAUCAACGCCGCUGGUUACGUAGUCAGACCACCAGCUUGGAAAAUGGAGUCUUCCCACGAUGGUCUGUAGAGGAGAGCUUUAACAUGUUAGAUGAUGGUGGUGUCACAAGCCUAGGCACAGCACGGAAGAAGAAGAUAGCCAUCGGAGUUAUCUUCCUCUUGUCACCCAAUGAAGAUGAGAACAGCAAGUUCCAGGAAUUUUUCUUCUCCCACUUUCCCCUCUUUGAGAGCCACAUGAACAAAUUGAAAAGCUCAGUUGAACAGGCAUUGAAGAUGAGUCGACGGUCAACUGAUGUUGGUCAGAGAAUCCUGGCUCAUAACCGCAUGGUGGACAGCCUUAAUGAGUUCAGGAUGACAAUCUGCAAUCUGUAUACCAUGCCAAGAAUGCCUGAGCCUGUCUGGCUCACCAUGAUGUCUGGUGCACUCGAGAAGAGCCAGCUUUGUGGCAACUUCAUGCGUGAGUUUUCUUUGCUCAUGGAACAAGCCUCAAAGAACCAGUUUAUUCCAGCUCUUCUUACUGCUGUGCUCACUAACCACCUGGCUUGGGUGCCUACUGUCAUGCCUAAUGGCCAACCUCCCAUCAAGAUAUUUUUGGAAAAACAUUCCUCUAAGAGUGUGGACAUGCUGGCCAAGACACAUCCCUACAACCCUCUAUGGGCUCAGCUUGGUGAUCUGUAUGGUGCAAUUGGCUCACCUGUGCGUCUCUCGCGCACAGUGCUGGUUGGGCGGCAAAAGGAACUGAUUCAGCGGCUUCUCUAUGUGCUCACCUAUUUCAUCCGAUGCUCAGAGCUAUUAGAGGCAUAUGCUACUGAGACUGGAAAUGAGGAUCAAGAUGAGGAGGCUUUUGCUGUGCCUGGAUCAGUUAUUACAACAUCGCUACGUCGUGGAGAGGUUGAGGAAUCAGAAUAUGUGCUAGUCACUGUGCAUAAACCUAGCCCAGAGGAAACAGGCACGAAAGAAGAGCAGAAAACAGAGCACAUUAUGCCUGUCAUCAUGGCUCAGGAUCAGAGUGAAAGUCAGAUUUGCCAGGAGGUUGGAAGUUCAUUAUUUAGUCCCUUAACAGAGACUGUGAUAAAGAUGGGCACUGCCUCACAGAUUAGCAGUACCUCUCGGCUUGAUUUACAAGGACAGACGGCUAUUUGUGACUCUGAUUUAGCCCCCAGUUUAUUACCUGUUAAGAUUGUUAGGUCUUCAGGGAUCCCACUGGAAAAGAAGCCACCUGAUAAAAGUACAACUAUGACCUCUUUCCUCCUGGAUGAGGAACAGGAGGAGCCUGGGACUAGAGUGACUUUCCUUAUUGGAGAGUCCAUGUCUCCCGAGUCUGACACAGAGAGCCAGAGGCACAGUGUUGAAGACAAGCUCAAGAAAUGCAAAAUGCCUUUCACUGAAAAACCAAAGCAGCAGUGUUGCCAUCUAAAGCAGCAGUGUAGCACUUUGCUGACUAAGCCACUUAUAACGGACCAAAUCAAGAGCAAGCAUGCUGAAACCUUGUCCUACGUUACUAGGAGUCUUCCUUGUAUUAACUCAGGAGUCCAGGAGGAGUGCAUGGAUCUGUUUGAUGAGUAUUUUAGUGAUGGUAUCUCCACAGAAAUAAGAAGUAUUGGUGAUGUCUCUAAAGCAUCACAGGAGGUUGCAGAUGCUGAAAACAAUCUGCAACAGACUUGGAUGGACUCCCUAGUUAGGACAUAUGAACAGGUUUGUGAGCACAGGGAGCAGGCAAUGUGUAAAAGUAGCACACAACCCAUCAACACAGGUUGCUGUAUAAAAUGUUCUGAUGAGCAGGACAAAAGCACCAGAGUUUCACUGAGUGUUCCAGGCUUAGAGAAGGAGAGGGUGCAGAAGAAGACAUCCACACUGAAUGAGUGGGAGAUUCCAAGAAAUGAGAGUUCAGACAGCGCACUGGGAGACAGUGAAAGUGAGGACACAGCACAGGAAAUACGCAAACAAGAACAAGUUGCACAAAUAUUCAGUGAAACCCAGACUGACUGGCAAGAAGAGAUAGAAGUACCAUUCCCUAGGGCAAAGCUGGCAGAAAACUUCUCCAAAUCAAGCAUUGCUAACUUUGGGAGAUCACUUUUUGGCAGUUACUGUCCUGCUUAUGUACCUGACUUUGUCCUACAUGGAAUUCCCAAUGAUGACAAACUGAGGCAAAGCCUUAUGUCUGACUUGGCCAAUGCAGUCCAGCAACCUGUAUUGGAUGAGCCUGUAGCUGAGGCUUUCUGCAUUAUUGCAGAUACAGACAGGUGGACAGUGCAGGUGGCUAGUAGCCAGAGACCUAGCACAGAGAAUAAGCUUGGAAAAGAUGUUCUGGUAUCAAACCUUGUGUCCAACCUGCUACAAUCUACUUACCAGCUCUACCGUCUCAACCUGUCUCCCAACUUUUGCAUAAUGCAUCUAGAGGACCGACUCCAGGAGCUAUAUUUCAAAAGCACAAUGCUUGCUGAAUACCUGAAAGGACAGACGCGGGUGCAUGUCAAAGAGCUAGGCAUGGUUCUAGGAAUCGAGUCCAGUGACCUGCCCUUGUUGACAGCUAUUGCAAGCACACACUCACCAUAUGUUGCUCAGAUCUUGCUGUAGAGGACAUUGAAAUGUAUAGACACAUCCCCAUUCCCCCACAGGUUCUUUUGUGGGGGCUAUUAAUCUGUUUGUCAAUCUAAUCAGAGUGAAAUUGAUACUUUCGGUUUGUUUGCUGUAUGGUUUGGUUUCACAAUGCACAUAAACAAAAUAUUGGCUGAGGGAUGAAAAUGUGCUUGUAAAAAUCAGAAUUGUCAGAAUAUAAAAAAGAUUAACAAACCCAUUGGCAGGUGCAUGGAUAGUUUCACAAAUAGCACAGAGAAUUUUAAAGUCAGCAUUAAAUAAAUGGUUAGAUAAUUGUAUUAAUAUCUAUAGUUUAAAAGAUUUUGUUUAUCGCAUAAAAAAACCUUCGUUUUUGAUAACUUCGUUGUUUUUUUUUUUUGCAUCUUCUUUGUAGUCCAAAUAUCCAAAAUAUAGCAUUUAUACAGUGCUACACCUUUGUCUUUUGGCUUAGUUUGCAUCUCUUGGAUUAUGUCAUACAGUCUCAGACUGUUUCUUGCAUUUUUCUAACCUGCCUAAAGAACACCACUGAGGAGGAAAACACCAGGGUUUGAUGAAAGCUGAAUAAGUGAAAGCACCCCUAAAUGCCUUAAAGUUUUGUAGAAUUAGAGAUCAGCCAGUAAAUGACCGGAAGGAUUUCAUUUUCAUGUCUCAUGUCUUGUUUCAGUCUUUAAGAUUAUAUUUUUAUAUAUGAUUAUACAUAUUUUAGGCCUUUCCCCUAGAAUAGCAGUUAAAACCAAAAUGAAAUAGAAAAGGCAACAUGGUGUUUUUCAAAAAGGCGUGAAUACCUAAGACUUUGGCAUGUGGAUAUUGAAAUCAGUUUAUUUAGAUCUAUUUCAAUUUUUAAUUACAAUUCUCAAUGAUCUGAAAAUAUUCCAAUUGUUUACCAUCACAGUCUCUCUGUUAGUCAGCAAAAGAGGUGAAGAAACUCCCUGGUACAGCACUACCUCAAAUAAUUGCAGGUGAUUUGCACAAAGCAUUUUACUGACUAAGGGAUAUCGUUUUCUGUUCCAUUCAGGUAGAAAGUAUAAAUAUGCUGUGAUGUGUUACUUUAUUUGUAUAAAAAAAUUGCAUUUGAAAGUGCUGGAAUGUCAUACAAUGAAUUUUAUUCUGCUUUGCAGCCACUGUACUAUGUUUACUUCUGAAGAAAUUAAAUAGCAAUACACUAUAUGGCCAUACCUUUGCGGAAACCUUACCAUCACAGUCAUAUGUACCUUUCAAACAUUUAAUUCCAGAUUUAGUCACCCUUUGCUGUUAAACUUCAAAAACCACAGUAUACCAAAGUGCUGUACAAUUGCAAGAAAAUAUAGCAUACAGAAAAAUAAAGAAUAAAUAAAUACACCACAAAUAGCCUGCAUCCUUUCAACACCUAAUUAUAGGUAUAAAGCUGAAGAUACAUCUUAAGACAGGUUUUACACAUUUUGAGGCUCUAAUAAACAUUAGUACUCCAUUCUUCAACAGAGACAGCAGAGCACUAAAGUGUGAUCUUGAUAUUCUACCCUAAAGGAAUAUCAAGAAGCAGCUGGAUGUUUGAACUAAGAGAAUUCUUGGUUUGUGAAAACACAUCUCAUAAAUAUAAUCUGGUGUUAGUUCAUGUAGACCUUUUGCAUCUUGAAUAAGAAGAUAUAUGGUCCCCAUUUUGUUAGUCAGCAACCUUGCUGCAGCAUUCCUUACCCUUUGCAGGCAUGACCUCAAAUUCUGACUUUAAACCCAAACACAAAGUAUUCAUUAGCUAAGGCAAUAGUGUAAUAUAAAAGCGAUUUUUCUUCCAGGUCAUGAAUGAAAAGUUUAGCAGUGUUUUGCAGCUGAAAGAAAUCUUCACAACAGAACUAAUUUGCCUGUCAAAAAUCUGCUUUUUUAUCAUUUAGGUAGAUAAAGUUGUCUUUCCAGCAAUUUACAUCUUUCAAGCAUUCAAAGAAAAUUAACAGAUAUAUCACCUGCCUUCAAAGGGAGGUACAUCUGUUUAUCAUCAGCAUAAAAAUUAUAUGGAAAUAUUAUAUUUCAUAAAAAUGGGACAAGGGGAUACAUGCAUAAUGAAAAUAAUAGCGGUCCCAGAAUGGAAUAUUGAGGAACCCCAUAGUUGAUCGAAGCUAAGGUUGCAGAGAAGUUUUAAAUUUUGACAGAAUAUAUUUUUUGUGCAGACGAUAACCUUCACUCUUCCGGGAUGGUUUUCCCACUAGAUCUUGGAACAAUGUGGGGUUUUCCACAUUUAACGCUAAAAGCAUUAAUAAGAUCAGUUACUGAUGUUGGGCAAUGUAUCCUGGAAUGCAGUCUGCAAAACAGGUCUUCAUGGACCUUGCUUUAUGUACAGGGGCAUUGACAUGCUGCAGCAAGUUUUGGUUCAACCCUUUAGUUCAGAUGCAGUGAAUCUUUAAUGCUAGAAAAACAUCUUUUACAAUUGUGUGCUUCGAACUUUGUGGCAACAGUUUGGGAAAGGCCCACUAAUGCUGUGAUGGACAGGUGUCCUUAAACUUUUGAUCAUAUAGUGUUAUUGUCUGUUGAUCAUGCUGUGUUUAUAUAGCCCAAAUAGACCCACAAAAGGGUGAUUAUAAAUAACCUUAUAAAAACAAUUUUAUAAACUGUGUUGAACAUAUUAGAUUUAUACUCAUUUUAACAGAUUUUCUUCUUCUGAAAUAAGGCCAUACAUAAGAGUCUUAACUUGGAAAUAAAAACAUGAAGAGAACGCUUUGCCUAGGACAUUUAAAUUAACAAAUAGCGAGGUGCAUCUAUCAUGUGUCCUUUUGAAUUUGUUUUUAUAUUUAAUUAUUUCUACAUGAUCACAUUUAAAUUAUUUAGCAAGGCAUGUCUUAGUUCACGUAAAUUGUAUAUAUAUUGGUUUGGUUUCCGUCAUGCGUCUGUACAUAUUUUUUGUUACUGUAUUUCUUUGUUUUAUUCUUUCCCAAUUUUAUGGGAAUUUUGUGCAAUAAAAGUCAAGGUUAAACAUA